AUGCAGAACGCAGAUUCAAAUGCUGCCUUCAUGAAGGGCCCAAAGCGAAAGCGUCUUGCAAAGUGCGCUUAUACAGACGCUUCGGGUCGGCCUGUUCCUGCGCCCCGUUUAUUUAAGCCAGAAGGACAGGAUCCUCAGCCAUCGUCCUCGACAUCUGACAGUCGUCUCUAUCAGCAGUCCCAGUUCGCUUCAUCCUCUAGCAGUCAGCUUCGCUUUUAUCCUAACCCUCCCCUACAUUCUCUUCCGUACCAAAGUGGUGUCGACGAGGAGGACAGCAAGCUUUCCCGCAAGCGUUUCAGGAAUGAAAGGGGCGAUCCCAUGCCAGCCGAUGAUCUUGUAAUUGAGGGUCCCAUUUCCCAUAUCGUUUCCGUUGAUCACCCCGACAUCGAGCUUGACCCCGCUCUCAAGCGCGAGCUCACAAAUCUAUUUUUUGCACAUUGUCAUCCUGCUCGUGCAAUCAUACAUAAACCCACAUUCUCAACCGCACUGAGUCUAAAUCGCGUCCCAUCUCAUCUCUUGCUCGCCGUGUGCGCUCUUGCCGCCCCCUUAUCGAAACAACCUACUAUCCGCACCUCACCGUCCCGUUUUGCCGGCAGACCUUUUGCAAACGAGGCCCUUUCGAAGAUGUUCGAUGCACAAGGCCGCCUGAUUGUACAGAGAGACCUUGCAGCUGCUCAGGCACUCUGCAUUCUACAGCUGCACGAAAUACUUACGAACGAACGAAACACCCUUUGGGACUCCCGAUUUCAUGACCUCGCACUUCAAAUUGUAGAAGGCCUCGGAGUCCAUAGCCCCGAACAUCCGAAACUCACCCCGGUCCCGUCUCCAGAGUAUGUGGAGGCCUCCAUCGAACACGAAUCCACACGUCGUAUAUUUUGGUUAAUUCACGUUUUGGACCUUCUUGCAUCCAUCUUUUUCAAAAAACCAACCACUUUUGCAGAUGGCGAAUUGCGACUAAGAUUACCCGUUGAUGAAACCAACUUUGAGCUUGGCGCUUACUCCACACUUCCUGAAUAUCUCUACCUUCCGGCGGUUAGGACACAAUAUGCCUCAGAAUUCGGACAUCUCAUUCGCAUUUUGUCGAUAUAUGCCAAAAUUGAGUGCGCGCUCGACGAAGGCAAUGAUCCAGCAACAGCUGCCAAUUCUGAUGCGGCACUCAAGGAGGCCCAACUAAAGAUGGAGGCUCGACAACGCACAAUGCGUGGACCCAAGACUGAGCCCUCAUGGGCGCUCCAAAAGAUAGAAUUGAUCUUGAAGAUGCUCGGCGAUCGUGCUAAAAACAUGGGCUCCGCUCUUUGGUCGUUAAUCAAAUAUUGCAAGAGAGAUGAUGCUAUCGUCCGAAAAUGGGCAGCUGAAUAUGAGGAAGAAGUUGGAACCAAAAUAUUCGAACUUGUUCAGGAUUGGAGGACCCAACCAUCUCCUCCACAUCAGCACCAAUAUCCAUCUCAUCCUCAUCCUCAUCCUCAGUCGUCGCAGCACGUUCAAAAAUACCAGCAACAACCGCAUGUUCAACAAAAUCCGUAUACCCAGCAGCAUCUUCACCGACGGAUCUCGGACGCACGACAUCCUGGAUCCAAUUCACAAGUUGUUCUCAAGACGACCAACUCCAACGUAUCUCGACCGCCACAUCAUCAACAUUCUUCCGAUUCCUCAUCGUAUGGCAACGACGUCUCGAGCACCCAAAUCAUCAAAAGGUCUUCAAGUCACUCUCCUCCUUUGUCGUACUCCCUUGGCCGUCAAUCAAACGCUGGUGGCCACAUGAACCGUUCCUCGACCGUAUCAACACAAUAUUCCUCCGCUGGUUUCUCUGAAUCUCUUAACAACAGUAGCAACACUGACAGGGACGUGCGAGGACAAUCUUCUGCCAAUAGCUCUGGCCUCAUUCUUUUACAUUCACCGGUGUCCGGUCCGAAUAGCAACGAACCUUCAGUUCCGAAGCAGGGCAUUCCAGAGAAGUAUCACGGGAGGGAAGUAAACGUAAAUCACGCUCGAUGGUCCCACAGUAACGGCGAGACUGUCGGUUCUGCUGACGUAGGGAAACAAUCAGCUUACUCAGGUGGUACAAAAUCUUCUGGUGAUCCAGGUGGACCUCCCCUGCCGUCUAGUGGAACAAUCGCUGGAGGAAUGGUCAACAGUAGCGCCGAGUCCGGCCAAAGGAGUUUUUCCAGUCUGGGAGAUGGAAAUCAGUCAUUGCCAUCUCUAAAGGCAAGCGGCUUGUUGGAUUCGUGGGGUUCUUCAAGGACGUCAGAACCGCAUAGCCAAAGUUCCAGUGGAAGUUCGCAAAAGCCUCAUUCUAUUACAUCGCCGCGGAGAACGCCUCCUGGAAGCAGCACCUUAAGUGGGUUGAUCACUUCUUCCCAUGCUAGUUUGCAUUCAGAUGCAGACUUGCGUCCUCAUACAAAGCUUGCCAUGCCGGUGGGGCUGCAAUGGCUCGCCAAUGAGUCACGAUAA